UUUUUCUUUUUUUGUUUUGUUUUUGUAAGAAAAUACAUUUGUCAGGUCAAGGAUUGUCCUCAAAAAAAAAAACUAGUAAAAUGUGUUAUUUACAAGUUUUUGCAAAGUAUUUAACAAAUGUAUCUUCGGCACUUUCAUUUUGUUUCAUUUUGGCAUUGCACCUUAUUACUGCUUUGGUGAAAUCUAUCAUGAUGUAGUGUAUUUAUAAUCACAUAAUUACUGUCAACACUGCAAAUUUUUAGUUUGUUCAAGGAUGUUCUGUUAGCUUUUUGUUGAAGCUGUGAGGAGUCAACAAUCUGAACCGAGAAACUUUGGCGACACCUGCUGGUGAAGUGGUGAAUGUACGGUACGUGGUGACGCCACGGCGCGUUGCGCAGUCUCCCUGGCAGCAGCUGAGGCCGUUUUGUCGAAGAUGGCGGAUUCGCUAUCGACUGGGCUGGGAGAGGAGAAGGAAAAAGAAAAUGAGGACAGGGAGAGGGACACCGAGGCUGUAAAAACGGACCAGAAUAAGGAGAAAGACGGAAUUACAGACACGCCGGGGUUUCAUGAUAAAAACGGCGGCGAUAGAGACCGAAAAGGCAACCUGUCAGACCUGUCUCUAGUCAGGUUCAUAACCACUGAGCUCACCAGAGGUUACUUUCUGGAACACAAUGAGGCCAAAUACACAGAGCGCAGAGAGAAGGUGUACACCUGCCUCCGCAUCCCCAAGGAGCUGGAGAAGCUGAUGACUUUUGGCUUCUUCCUCUGCUUGGAUGCGUUUCUCUACAUGUUCACCCUGCUGCCCCUCCGGGUGAUUCUGGCCCUUUUACGACUCCUAACUGUGCCAUGCUGCGGCCUUGGAGGCUCCCGAUUGCUCCAGCCGGCCCAAGUGUGUGACGUCCUAAAGGGCUUCAUCAUGGUGCUGUGUUACUCUAUGAUGAGCUACGUGGAUUACUCCAUGAUGUACCACCUCAUCCGGGGACAAUCUGUCAUCAAACUCUACAUCAUCUACAACAUGUUGGAGGUUGCGGAUCGACUUUUCUCAUCGUUUGGCCAAGACAUCCUGGAUGCUCUGUACUGGACUGCAACCGAGCCCAAGGAGAAGAAGAGAGCGCACAUAGGAGUGAUUCCUCACUUCCUCAUGGCUGUGCUCUACGUCUUCCUUCAUGCCAUUCUUAUCAUGGUUCAGGCCACUACACUGAAUGUAGCCUUCAACUCUCAUAACAAGUCUCUGCUCACCAUAAUGAUGUCAAACAAUUUUGUAGAAAUCAAAGGAAGUGUGUUUAAGAAGUUUGAAAAGAACAACCUCUUCCAGAUGUCUAACAGCGACAUAAAGGAGAGGUUCACCAACUACAUCCUCCUGCUCAUCGUCUGUCUGAGAAACAUGGAGCAGUUUUCAUGGAAUCCCGACCACUUUUGGGUCCUUUUCCCAGACGUAGUCAUGGUCAUAACCUCAGAGGUUGCUGUGGAUGUUGUCAAGCACGCCUUCAUCACCAAGUUCAAUGACAUCAGUGCUGACGUAUAUGGAGAAUACAGAGCCAGUCUUGCCUUCGACCUCGUCAGCAGUCGACAGAAAAAUGCUUACACCGACUACAGCGACUCCGUAUCCAGAAGAAUGGGCUUCAUCCCACUUCCUUUAGCUCUACUGCUUAUCAGAGUAGUGACGAGCUCUGUGAAGAUCCAGGGUUCGCUCUCGUUCAUGUGUGUGCUGCUGUUCUACUUGGGGAUGAUCACGCUGAAGGUCCUCAACAGCAUCGUUCUCCUGGGAACGUCUUGCAUGUUUGUCAAAGAGGCCAACAUGGAAGAAAAACUCUCCGACCCUCCUCCGUCUGUCGCCUCCAGCCGAGCAAACUCCAGAGCGAACCGCGCCAAAAACGCUCACACUACACCUCAGCAAGAGCCCACGUCAGACAAAGCAGGAAUAUCGCUGGCAUCGGGCAUUUCUCUACCCACUGAUAAACCAGAGAGCGCCUCCUCCACAAUCCCAAAGAGUAACUCAGACGCAUUCCUGACAACACCGGAUGAGGAUGACGAAGACAAAAUCAUAAAUACCGACACAGGACUAGAAGGAGAGGGACUAAUACACAGAACACCCAAGAAAGACUUGCUGGAGAUAGACAGAUUCACCAUCUGUGGGAACCGGAUAGACUGAACACUGAAGGGAACCACCAGCUGGUGUCCUGACAAAACAGCAAGGUCUGACGAGGGUCACGGAGCAUGCUCAGACCUGACUUGCACUUAUGCACCUGACUCUUGGAGUAUUUAUUUAUUUAUUACUGGCAAAACCAGCCAAGGCGUAAAGCUGUUGCAUCAGGAGCCACGUCAGAUGUUUCCAGAUCCUCCUGCAGUUCGCUCAUCCAUGGGGACUGUGACAGGGGGUCAUGGUUGACCGAGGAACGCGAGGAAACAAGCGACUGCAAGCAAGGAAGGACUAAAACCACUGACAGGAAAUCAGAUCUGAUUGUUGGAACAUAACAUCUGGACUGUGUGGUUGUGUGUUCAAAAGCACAAUGAUUCCAAGAACAAAGAGGUGUUUUUAGACAGAACAAUAGUUGUCAGAUGUCAACUUUUUAUUUAAAACAAUCUGACAAAUUCAACUAUUUAAAUGUUUUUAUUGAAAAUGUUGGAUGUUUUUAAAAAAAAUUUAAAUUAAGCUGCACACAGACACAUUCUGCAUACACUUGCGCCAACACGAGUUUGAGUGAACGUAACAGCUCUGACACAAAGCAUCCAUGAACACAUCGUUCUUGGUUUUUUUGGGGGUUUUAUUGUGAAGCUGUUUGUGUGGGUAUUCUCUCUUAUAAUCACUGGGAAGGUGCUGGUAUUUAUUUAACCGUGAUCGCACAAGUUUCCCGUUUAGGGGAGAUUUCAGUUUCCAGAGUCUAUUUUGUACGUAACUCUGCCGGUAACUAUGGAAGCAACAACAGCGUUGAGCAUUUGUCACUUAUGUGUUGGAUACUGUGAUCUGAUCCUCAGAUUCACAACUGAAAUUUACGCUGGUAAAUUUUUCCUGGUGAGAGAAAAGAUUUCAUGUAUGCAGAUAAAAGUAGUUUAAAGUACUUUGAUCCAGGAAAAUCUUCACACUGAAAAUGUUUAAACUGGUAUGGAGUUAAAGUUAAUGUCUGUUGUUGCUUGCUGGCAUUGAUUAAUGAAGAUGUGUCCUGUUACAGUGGGUGUUUGUGUACCAGUUGACCCAAAUUGCUGUGAAAUCUGCUGUUAAUCAGUUGAUUACAUGAAGUCACUGCUGGCCUUUCUGUUUCCUCUCAUGCAUUAUCAUUUCCUACUUUGAGCAAACAGACAAGAUGACAACCCGAUUUCCAUACCAGUGCCAUUCAAAAUAAUGCCUCGUUUUUCCUUAUUAAAUAAAAAAGAAAUGCCUCUUUAUUUUA